AUGUCAGACAGCGAACCCACGGCGGAGAUGGCAGCUGCGCGUGCCCCGGGCGCGUCUUCUCCUCGCCCAGCUGGCGACGCCUUCUCGGUCUCUACGCUCCCUCUCUCGGCGCGGCGCGCGGGCGCGGGCGGCCUGGACACGGCACGCGUAGCCCCCUCGAUUUCGUCUUCUGCGCUGAACACUUCCUUGGAAAAGGAGGUCUAUGAGUACAUUCCAGAUCCCGCAGUCUCCCUUGCGCCGCAGACGUCGCAGGCCGACGCGCUCUCCGGGGCCCCCGUGCGCGCCUUCAGGGCGAAGAGCUGCGAUGUCGACGAGGAGAGCCUGGAGCCCGGCGUGGCCUUCGAGACCUUCCGCGGCAAAACGUACAAGACGACGCAGUUCGACCAAGGCUUCGCCAAGCAGCCCACGAUGAGACGGCGCAUGACUCGCGCCUUCGAAACAAUGGCGGACUUCGAGCUCUCGCCUGCAGCCUCGCAACGGGGCGGCGAAAGCGUCCAACACGUCUCCUCGAUGUCGAUUUUCGAGCUCGGAAACACGUGCUUCGAGACGCCUUUGGGAAGACUCCAGCGCCUGCGCAUGGAGGUCGAGGAGAUGCUGGACUUUGUUUCUUCCUUCAUUGUCCGGGAGCGCGUGAACGACGACGGAGACGCGGAAGCCAAGGACGCAGAAACGAACGGCGGACCGGUGCUGAGAACGAUGUACACGCAGAAGAUCCUGACGCCUGAGGAGAAGCAGACGCUGCUCUUUGGCCGCGAUCCCGUCUCCCUCAUGGGGGAACUCGAUUGCCUCCGCAUGCAGAUUCUGAGCGUGAUGAACGACCCGUCGCUCCAGCGACUGCUCGCCGGCGUCGAACCAACCACGGGCAAGAAGAGCGGCAGCCAGCUGCUUCUCCAGCAUCUGUCGCAAGUGCAACAAAACCUUCAGACAGUCGCCAGCGCAUGCACGAAGGAAGCUGGCGACGCGCCAGCAGAGCAGAAGAAGGAGGAUCAAGAGAAGGCCGCAGAGCCCCAGGGAGACACCGGGGCGGCCCGCGUCGUCGCGGGCUCGACGGGCUCGACAGGAGAAGCUGCGAACGCCGGAACGACUCAAUACGACAUCUACUGCGUCCCUUCACUCAGGCCUCUGCUGGAAAGCAGCAGAGUCGCGACGCUCGAGAGGCGUCUCGCGCAGGUCGAGGGCCGCAUUGGGAUGAGCAGCAUCAGCUUGUUGCCCUUCGCCGACCUCCAGCAGGCUGUCACAGCCAUCUCCCAGAAGAUCUCCUUGCUCGAUCAAGCGAAAAUUGAGCAGCUGCACAAGCGCACGCAAUCCCUGCUUCACGAGUUGCAUGCGCUCCAGCACCGGCGGCGAGAGAUGGAUUCGCACGUGGCUCCGCAGCUCGACCGCCACGGCGAUUCCGAGGGGCGAAACAGCGAUGGAGGCCGCGACGCAAAGGGCGGUUCGCGAGCCGGGGCGGGGGAUGACCAGCGUGUCGAGGAUAUGUUUGAUCUUUGUGAACGCUGGAAGAGCGCCGCUGCGGCGCUACCCUCCGUCGUCGAACGCCUCAGGGCCUUGAAAACCCUCCACCAAGAGGCAGGCGGCAUUUCUGUGCGCCUCGGAGUGAUUGAAGAGCAACAGGGCGAGCUUCAGUCGAUGCUCACGUCGGCAGAGGAGAACGUCGAGCGUCUGCAGCAGACUGUGAUGGAGACUGUCGCGUGGGCGCGCAAUACAGUCGAGGCGCUCCAGUGGCGUCUUCAGCGCCUGGAGCACGGUGACGAGACAGAGAGGUCGACGAAGAGCGCAACCAACAGAGAGAAGGGAAAGCUUAAAGAAGAACUCACCAAGUCAAAGGGAGACAAGGAAUUGAAGCCGAUGGCUGCAGGCCAGGCAGAUGCGGAGAAGGAGAACAAGGGCGGCGAGGCGAUUGAGCCCGUUGAAAAAGCAAAGGCUGAGGCAGCAGGCACACAGGAAGACGCUGGAGCAGCGGUGAGGCCCGAAGAAAAAGAGGACGCAACAGACGCGGCAGAAGCGCCCGCGGAGGAAUCGUGA